AUGGCGGACUUCGUCGUCAGACUCUGGGAGUCCAUCUUCACCCCCGGCACGACCCCCACCCUCCUGCUCGCUACCAACGCCAGCUUCGCCGCCCUCGAAUCCCUCCUCGUCAUCCUGUUCGCGGCCACCCGGAACAUGCAUUUCGCGGCACUCUUCACCAUAGCAGGCGGCCUGUGGUAUAGCAUCAACUGGUUCGUCCGAGAGCUGGCCAAACACGCAGCGGAGGAGGAGGAAAAGAAGCGCGCCGCCGAGUCGUCCACGGAGGUCGCGCCCCCUAGGACGACGGACGAUAGCGACACCGAAGUCGAGGGGGCGGCGGGCGGUCGUAAGAAGAGGGCUGUCAAGCCCGUCAGUGGGAGCAGCCAGGUCGAGACGGAGGAGCAGAGGCAGGAGGCGGACUUGAGGCAUCGGGUGGCGGCCGCCGAGUCUGCUUCCGAGAGCAAGAACGAAGAGUCGAGCGUCAGCACCGAGGACGAGUGGGAGAAGGUCUCCGAGGCGGAGAACGAGAAAGAGAAGUAG